ACAAUGGGUUUCCUCCGUGCCGUCUGGAACUACCGGAGCGUCAUCGUCGUGACCCUCACACCGCUGCUGCUGCUGCCCCUUCUGCUGAUCCUCAAUAACAAGGUGGCAGAAUGCGCCUUCACGCUGCUGCUUAUGGCUGUGUACUGGCUGACCGAGGCUUUGCCUCUCUCCGUGACCGCGCUGCUGCCCGCUCUGCUCUUCCCGCUCUUCGGAAUCAUGACGUCAUCCCAGGUGGCAUCGGUGUACUUCAAAGACUUCCACCUUCUGCUCAUCGGGGUUGUGUGUUUGGCCACCUCCAUUGAGAAGUGGAACCUGCACAAGAGGAUCGCGCUCAAGCUGGUCAUCCUGGUCGGGGUCAACCCUGGAUGGUUGAUGCUGGGCUUCAUGGCGAGCUCCGCCUUCCUGUCCAUGUGGCUGAGCAACACGUCCACAGCCGCGAUGGUUAUGCCCAUAGUGGAAGCCGUCAUCCAGCAGAUCCUGAGCGCAGAGGGCCGGGUGAGCAUGCACCGGCGCCGGGAGAUGGUGGGCACCUGCAACCCAGGACUGCAGCUGGAAGAGGUGAAAGAACAGCCCCCACAGACGAAAGAAAUAAUAAGCAAUGGAGAGAUGCCCAAAGCUGUGCUCUGCGCCAUUCCUGAAGAUCUUCUGCCACACGCUGAGGUCCCAGUGCCUGAGGUGCAGAGCCGCUACCGCAGCCGGAAAGACCACAUGAUGUGUAAGGGCCUGUCCCUGAGCAUCGCGUACUCGGCCACCAUCGGGGGACUGACCACCCUGACCGGGACGUCCACCAACCUCAUCUUCGCAGAGCAAAUGAAACUGUAUUAUCCAGACUGCAGUAGUGUGAACUUUGGCAACUGGUUCCUGCUCUGCUUCCCAGUCACUCUCAUCGUGCUGCUGUUGUCCUGGGUGUGGCUGCACUGGCUGUUCCUGGGGUCCGACUUCAAAUCGCUGCUGAGCUUCAGGAGAGAAAAGUCUGAGAGGGAAAAGGCCACAGCCAAAGUCAUACAGGAGGAAUACGGUACCCUGGGGCCUUUGAGCCCCCAGGAGAUCAUAACGCUGGUCAUCUUCCUGUUGAUGGUUCUCCUGUGGUUUCUCAGGGAGCCCGGAUUCAUGCCAGGUUGGGCCUCCCUCUUCCCAGACUAUGUUGGCUACGCCACUGACGCCACGGUCGCAGUGAUGAUGGGCCUGACCCUCUUUGUGAUCCCAGCGUAUAAACCCUCCAACCCCAAAUUCGAAACCCUGAUCUCUUGGAAAGAGUUCCAGUCCUGCAUGCCAUGGGAGAUCGGGAUCUUGGUGGGCGGAGGAUUCGUACUGGCUGAGGGUACCAAGAUCUCUGGCUUGUCCUCCUGGGUCGGCAAUCUGCUGACCCCUCUGGGAAGCCUCCCCAUCGGGGUGAUCAUCACCAUCACCUGCAUCCUGGCCACCAGUGUCACCGAGGUAGCCAGCAACCCAGCCACCAUCACCAUCUUCCUGCCCAUCCUCACCGCCCUGGCUGAAGCCAUUGAGGUGAACCCCCUGUAUAUUUUGAUACCGACAACGCUGUGCACAUCCUUCGCAUUCCUGCUGCCCGCUUCCAAUCCUCCCAACGCCAUUGUCUUCACCUACGGCCACGUCAGCGUCCUGGAUAUGGUGAAGGCUGGACUUGGUGUCAACAUCAUUGGUGUCCUUGUGGUCCUGUUGGCUGUGUCCACAUGGGGAAUUCCACUCUACGAUCUGAACAGAUACCCCUCCUGGGCACCUUUGCACCCCAUCUCAAACACCACAUCCUUUUGAUAUUUGUAAUGAACCUUUUUUUUUAAAAAAAAUAUAUAUUAGCUAUUUUUAUACUAUUUGAGUGCUAUAGUUUUACGUUACGCCAGGUCCGUGUCACGAGAGCGUUCUCACAAUGCUCACUGAAUGAGGACCUGAGAACCUUUCCUGAAAGACCACCGGUCCUCCAGUGGUUAGGGAGCAGGACCUGUGAUCGAUAGAUGAGCCGUGCUUUAAAUUCCAGACGGAGAAUCACGGUCUCUUCAAGUAAGGUCCUUAAC